AUGUAUUGCGUGCCUUCUCCUGUAAGAUUUGGUGGAAAUGGUGCAUUGGGCUUGUGGGCGAGGUAUCUCCAACAAAUUUAUUGGGAGAAUUCCGUUGCUCGACACCGUCUUAUUGAUGUGGAUUCAUUGAUGCGUUCGAAUACACUAGUUCAGGUCUAUGAUGGCUCUUCUUCUUUUUUAUUUGAUGAUUGGACUGGUAAUGGUGCAUUAGUAGAUCUUUUUGAUGAGGCUUAUGAUGCUGAUUUGCGGUCUUUGGCCCUUAAGGAUGUUAAUCUUAAUGGAAGGUGGGAUGUCUCGGCAUUGGAGGAGUUGCUUCCUCAAGAUGCUUUGCAAUAUGUGCUGACCUUCCAUUUCGAAUUCCUGCCUAGAUCGGAUGUGAUCAUUUGGAAGCCGAGUCUCCAGGGGGAUUUCGCUGUUAAGUCUAUUUACCAGCUGGUGCGCAAGAGACAACCUACACAUGAGGUGUUUGCAUUCAUCCAUUCCACUUAA